AACAAGGAUUCAACGUCUCUGUUUUAUAGACUAUUUCCCUCACAGUUUCAGUCGAAUUAAUAAGUAGCCAUAGCCAGCGAUAACUAUGAAACCUCAGACGAACUGGAGUUUUUCAUGUCGUCUUCUUCUAAUUCUCUCAUUUACAUGUUUCUCUUCAAGAUUAUUAAUUUGCUCCGGCAGAGAUACGAUCACAUCAACGAAUUUCAUCAAAGACCCUGAAACUAUAACAUCAAAUGCCAGUUCCUUCCAUCUGGGCUUCUUCACACCUCCUAAUUCUACAAGGCGAUAUGUCGGAAUUUGGUUCAUAAACCAAAUACCUCAACAAACCGUAGUAUGGGUAGCCAACAGAGACAACCCUUUAAACAACACUUCUCAAGGGAUCUUCACAAUUUCCAAGGAUGGGAAUCUUGUGGUCUUGGACGGAAACAACACCGUCCUUUGGUCUUCAAAUGUUUCUUCUCCUGCAACAAAUCGAAGCGCCAGAAUUUUAGAUUCGGGAAACCUUGUACUUGAAGAUGCUUCUUCAGGGGAGGUCAUAUGGGAGAGUUUCAAACACCCUUCUGAUAAAUUCUUGACUUCCAUGAAACUUAUCACAAACGCAAAAACUAGAGAGAAAGUGGAGCUUACCUCAUGGAACACCCCUUCUGAUCCAUCAACGGGAAACUUCUCCUUAGGGAUUUAUGUUCACAAUAUUCCUGAAGCUGUUAUUUGGAAGGGUCGUAACACGUAUUGGCGGUCGGGUCCAUGGAACGGUCAGAAUUUCAUUGGAAUACCCGAAAUGGAUUCUACCUAUCUCUCUGGAUAUAAGCUCACAAUCGAAGACCAAAGUUACCAUUUUUCUGUCGCUUAUAAUGAUGAUGAACAAUUUGGUUACUUAUUUUUAAGCUCACAGGGGAAUUUGGUGGAAACAAACGUGGAUCUUGAUGACGAGCGCCGCUGGAGAGCUACUUGGUCGGCUCUGCAAACACAGUGUGAUAUCUAUGGCACUUGUGGGGCAUUUGGGAUUUGUGAUGCAAAAGCGUCCCCAAUUUGUAGCUGUUUAAGAGGGUUUAAGCCAAAUCAUGAACAGGACUGGAAUCGAGGAAACUGGAGUGGGGGUUGUGUGAGAAAGACACCAUUGAAGUGUGAGACGAAGUUGAACAGCACCAGUGAUAAAGAAGAUGGAUUUUUGAAAGUGGAAAUGGUGAAAGUUCCAUUUCUUGCAGAGUGGUCCAAUUCCUCUGCUUCGGCAGAUGAUUGCAGACGCGAGUGCUUGAGGAAUUGUUCAUGCAGAGCUUAUGCUUAUGAAAAUGGCAUUCACUGCAUGCUAUGGAGUGGAGACUUGAUUGAUAUAAAACAAUUUGAGAGCAAUGGAACUGAUCUUUACCUUUUAAUGGCAUAUGCAGACUUAGAUAAGAUAUUGAUUUCAUCCACAGAUGAUAUCAAAGCUACGAAAGGAAUUACCCUAAUUAUAGUGUUACCAGUAAUAACGUUUAUUAUCUUCUUCGUCAUUGCUAUAUACUUCUUCUGGAGAUGGAAGACUCGAAAACAAGAGAAAAAGAAAACUAUGAAUAGUAGCAUAAAUGAGAACACUUUGAAGCUUAGAAUGGAUGAUAUGAUUGGAGACGAAGUUAAAUUGGAGGAGCUACCUCUUUAUGAUUUUGAGAAGUUGGCAAUUGCAACAAACAACUUUGAUUUAAGCAACAAGCUUGGGCAGGGUGGCUUUGGUCCAGUUUACAAGGGAAAACUAUUAAAUGGACAGGAAAUAGCUGUAAAGAGGCUUUCAAGAGCCUCAAACCAAGGGUAUGAAGAGUUUAUAAACGAAGUGAGGGUGAUUUCGAAACUACAACAUAGGAAUCUUGUGCGACUUCUUGGAUGUUGCAUCGAAGGAGAUGAGAAGAUGUUAAUAUAUGAAUAUAUGCCCAACUUAAGUUUGGAUGCAUUAAUCUUUGGCUCCCCCAAGCCAAAUUUGUUGGAUUGGCGAAAAAGGUUUAAUAUUAUUGAUGGUAUUGCUCGAGGUCUUCUUUAUCUUCAUCGAGAUUCGAGAUUGAGAAUCAUACAUAGAGAUCUGAAGGCAAGUAAUAUACUAUUAGACAAAGACUUAAAUCCUAAAAUUUCAGACUUCGGUAUGGCAAGAAUUUUUGGUGGUAAUGAAGUUCAAGCAAACACUUUAAGGAUCGUUGGAACUUAUGGAUAUAUGUCUCCUGAAUAUGCAAUGCAAGGUCAAUUUUCGGAGAAAUCAGAUGUGUUUAGUUAUGGAGUUCUAUUGCUUGAAAUCAUUAGUGGGAGACGAAAUACAGGAUUCUACCGUCACGAACAUGCUUUAAGCUUAUUGGAAUUUGCAUGGAAAUUAUGGAUGGAAGACAAUCUUAUUCCAUUGAUUGAACCAACAAUAUAUGAAUUGUGCUACCAACCAGAGAUUUUGAGAUGCAUCCAUGUGGGGUUCUUAUGCAUUCAAGAAUUUAUAAAUGAUAGGCCAACUGUCUCUACCAUUAUUUCAAUGCUCAAUAGUGAAAUUUCUGUUCUUCCAUCUCCAAAGCAACCUGGCUUUAUCGGUAUACCACGUGACAAUAACAUAGAGUCAUCUCGACAAAAUUUGGAUAAAUUGUCUAUAAAUAAUCUUACAGUUACCACAGUUGUACCUCGGGAGGAUUAUCAAUCAACCACAUCCAUGAAACCCCUGAACAAUUGCAGCGUUUCAUGUCGUCUUCUUCUUUCAUUUAUAUGCUUCUCUUCAACAUUUUGCUUUUCCAAAGACACCAUCACAUCAACAAAUUUCAUCAAAGACCCUGCCACUAUAACAUCCAACGCCACUUCCUUCCAAUUGGGAUUCUUCUCACCUCUUGAUUCUACCCGCCGAUAUGUCGGAAUUUGGUUCAACCAAAUUUCUCCACAAACUGUGGUGUGGGUUGCCAACAGAGACAACCCUCUCAACGACACUUCCGGGCUCUUCACCAUUUCCAACGACGGGAAUCUUGUCGUCUUAGAUGCCAAAAACACCACCAUUUGGUCUUCAAAUCUUUCUUCUUCUCCUGCAAUCAACACAAGCGCCCGAAUUUUAGAUUCGGGUAACCUCGUUUUGGAAAAUACUGCUUCCGGUGCGAUUAUAUGGGAGAGUUUCAAACACCCUUUUGAUAAAUUCUUGCCUUCCAUGAAACUUGUCACAAACACAAGAACCAAAGACGAAAUUGGGCUUACCUCAUGGAGCAGCCCUUCCGAUCCUUCUACAGGUAACUUUUCGUUAGCUCUGCAUGUUUACAAUAUUCCCGAAGCUGUCGUUUGGAAUGGCCUUAACCUGCAUUGGAGGUCUGGUCCAUGGGAUGGUCAGAUUUUUAUUGGAAUACCCGACAUGAUUUCUGUUUAUCUCUAUGGAUUUAACCUCGUAAUCGAAGACCAAACUUACACUCUCUCUGUUGCUUCUGAUGCUCAACAAUUAAUUGCUUACAUGGUUUUGAGUUCACGUGGGAGUGUGGAGCGAAUGGGGUGGGAUUCCGCGAAGGAGCAAUGGAACAAUAUAUGGUCGGCUCUACAAACGCAAUGUGAUUUGUAUGGUGCUUGUGGGGUGUUUGGGAUCUGUAAUGCAAAAGCCUCCCCUGUUUGCAGCUGUUUAAGAGGGUUUAAGCCAAAUCAACAAGAGGAAUGGAAUCAAGGAAAUUGGAGUGCUGGUGGAUGUAUGAGAAAGACGCCAUUGAAGUGUGAGAAGUUGAACAACUCCAACACUGAGGAAGAUGAUGGGUUUGUAAAAAUGGAAAUGGUCAAAGUUCCAUUUUUUGCAGAGUGGUCAAACUCCUCCGUUACAGCAGAUGAUUGCAGACGCGAAUGCUUGAAGAAUUGUUCGUGCAAUGCUUAUGCAUUUGAAAACAGUAUUGGUUGCAUGAUGUGGAGUAGAGACUUAAUUGAUAUACAAAAGUUUGAGAGCGGUGGAGCAGAUCUUUAUGUUCGAAUGGCAUAUGCAGAUUUAGAUACAUAUUAUGUAAAGGACAAUAAAGGAAUCAUGAUAGCCAUAGUGGUACCAGCACUGAUCAUAGUGUUGGUCACUGUCACAUACUUGUGCUGGUGGAGAUGGAAAACUCGGAAACAAGCAGCAAAGGAGAAGAGAUCUAUAGUGACCAACAAAAAGGAGAAGAUUUUGAAAUUGAGGAACGAUGAAGUUAAACUGGAGGAGCUACCUCUUUAUGAGUAUGAGAAGCUAGAAAUUGCAACAAACAACUUUGACUUAAGUAACAAGCUUGGACAAGGUGGCUUUGGUCCAGUAUAUAAGGGAAAACUAUUAAAUGGAGAUGAAAUAGCAGUAAAGAGACUUUCAAAAGUCUCUAGUCAAGGAUACGAAGAAUUUAUAAAUGAAGUGGAGGUGAUUUCGAAACUGCAACAUAUAAAUCUUGUGCGACUUCUUGGUUAUUGCAUUGAAGGAGAAGAGAAGAUGUUAAUAUAUGAAUACAUGCCCAACUUAAGUUUGGAUGCAUUCAUCUUUGAUUCUAUCAAUCAAAAGAUUUUGGAUUGGAGAAAAAGAUUUAAUAUUAUUAAUGGAAUUGCUCGCGGUCUCCUUUACCUUCAUAGAGAUUCAAGAUUGAGAACCAUCCACAGAGAUUUAAAGGCAAGUAAUAUUCUAUUAGACAAAGAUUUCAAUCCUAAAAUCUCAGAUUUUGGUAUGGCAAGAAUUUUUGGUAGUAACGAAGUGCAAGCUAAUACUCUAAGGGUCGUUGGAACUUAUGGAUAUAUGUCACCAGAAUAUGCAAUGCAUGGACAAUUUUCAGAGAAAUCAGAUGUUUUUAGUUUUGGAGUUUUGUUACUUGAGAUUAUAAGUGGGAGAAGAAAUACGGGAUUCUACCGUCACCAACAUUCCUUAAGCUUAUUGGAAUUUGCAUGGAAGUUAUGGAUGGAAAACGAUCUCAUUCCUUUGAUUGACACAACAAUAUAUGAAUUGAGCUACCAACCAGAGAUUUUAAGGUGCAUUCAAGUGGGAUUUUUAUGCGUCGAAGAAUUUAUAGAUGAUAGACCAAAUAUCUCUACAAUUAUUUCGAUGCUCAACAGGGAUAUUUUAGAUCUUCCCAAUCCAAAACAACCUAGCUUUAUUGGUAGCCAACCUAGGAGUAACACAAAGACAUCUCAACAAUGUUUAAAUAAAAAUUCUGUAAAUAGUGUAACACUUACCACAGUAAUUGGUCGAUAGUGGUGGAAUCUUGCCUUUUGAAGAACAGUGAUGCAGGUAUUCCUCAAGCAUGCUGUUGAAUCUCUCUGUCUGACCAUCGGUCUGUGGGUGAUAACUCGAGGAAAUGUUCAAGCUUGAACCCAGAAUAGA